AACAAGACACGCCACAACAAGCUUAUCUUCUCAAAACCCUUUUAGUUUUACUGUCACUCUCACUCUCUCAUCUCUAGGGUUUCACUAACACAAGCUUCUUUUACCUCUCUCUCUCACUGUUUCCCCAGUUUCUUUAGCUUCCAUCAAUGGAAAAGAAAAAACCCAUUAAAUCUUUGAACCCAAACGCACCGGAAUACUUACCAAGGUUUUCCAAAAACCCUAAUCUGUACUAUCCUCCUCCUUCUUGUCCUUCUGUGUUCAACUUUAACAAGCCCUUUCCUUAUUCCACCAAGCCUUGCAAAGCUAUUACCGGCGCCGAUGUUAAGUCUGAAAAAGAACCUUUCCGUUACGAGUUUUGUCACCGGAGAUGUCUCCCUCCAAGGCUUUUGAAGAAACAAGUUUGGGUUCACAAAAACCAUAACUUUUCUUCCUCAAAGGUUGUGCCUUUACCGGAAAAUAAGCUCGCCGGAAAAACUUCCGUCAUGGUUAGGAAUAUACCUAACUGUCUCGGACGAACCGAUCUCUUGAGGAUUUUGGACAAUCAUUGUCGGAAACACGAGACAGAAUCUUCCUAUGACUUUCUUUAUCUGCCUAUGGAUUUUGUGAAACGAGCCAAUUUGGGUUACGCCUUCGUUAACUUCACGAGCUCUGUGGCAGCUGAGAGAUUCCGGAGAGAAUUUGAAAACUUUUCUUGGGGCAAUCUUGGGUACAGGAAUAAGAUUUGUGAAAUCACUGUGGCUAAGUAUCAGGGGAAAGAAGAGCUGAGUCAACAUUUCAAGAACUCGAGGUUCACUUGUCACACCGACGAUUAUCUUCCCGUGGUUCUCUCGCCACCGAGCAACGGCUUCACGGCUUACACUCUCACAACACUCGGUAACCGAGUCAGCUUACGUGGUGGCGGUAGUUCACGUCUUUCGUCAUUGCGUUAAGGUUUUUAGGGUUUCGUAGAAGAGGAUUUGUGUUUUCAUUAUCUCCCUGGAUCCAAGACUACACAAGAUGAUGUGGCGUCACCAACUAGGGUGAAACGGAAACAUAUCUUUCCUCUUUCUUCUCUCUCGUUUGCUUUCUAGUUUUCUAGUUUGUGUUAUGAACUUGUUACUCUACUACAAUGCUCAAGUGCUCUUAUUAUAUUCCACGUUUAAUUUUCCUAUGUCUUAUGUGUCUCGUUCUCUUUUUGAUUUUUUUUCAUAUGGAAAGUCUUCAACAUAAAUGCCUUACAGAUAA